AGCAAGCAGAAAUCACUCAUUUCAUGUGUUGUGAAGCAAUAGCAAGGUUCAGAAAUACAAGCUGUCUAUGAAGAUAUAAGUUUUAAUGUCUGCAAAAUGGACAAUAGUAAAAACUAUCACUCUCCAACAGACACAGAGGAUGAUGUUUAUGUGAAUACAGAAGACUGUCGCGCAGAGCUGAAAAAAUCAGAUAUCUCUGACCGUAUUGAGCUGAAAGACAAGAAGAAACCAGGAAAGAUCUUCAGAUCUGCUUUUGGUCUCCUCCUAAUACUUGGUGUUUUAUUAACACUCUGUGUUGUAGGGAUCCUUUAUCACAACAAAGUGGUUUCAUAUGAGAUAUUAAGUGAGCAGUAUUCUAAUGUUACUGAAACAUUGAAGACGCAGGAACAUGAAGCCAAGGAAAUAGAAAAACUGUUUAAAGUACUGCAGGUGGAGCACCAGCAAGUUCAGGAGGAUCUCGCAGCAUGCAGUGCAAAUAAAAACAAUGGACAAUGUGAGGAAGGAUGGAAGUCCCUUGGUUUAAAGAGUUAUUACUUCAGUUUUAAACUGAGCUGGACACAGUGUAGAGAUUACUGUGUGGAGAAAGGAGGCCACAUGGUGAUUAUAACCAGCCAAACUGAACAGGAUUUUGUAGUUUCACAAAUUGGAGAAACACACUGGAUUGGAUUGAAUGACUUGGAGACUGAGGGUCAGUGGAUGUGGGUGAACAACAAGCCUUUAAAGGAGACAGGUGUAACGUAAGGACAGUGUUCACUCACACAGUCUAUAAACUCAUUUUACUGUUCUG